AUGAGCUAUUCCAUCAGGAAUUCCUUCCGGCCUUUGAUCCGGAGCAAAGGCGUAUGGCGAAAGCCCGCCCGCCGUGUUGACCAGAGCUGGAUACAUAUCCAGCAGCUCCAGUCCGCUGAGCCAGGUCUCGUCAAUGGUAGUUAUCUUCCCGCUUCGACUACAGCUAAUUCGGCUUCAUCUCCCGAUGCCAAGUUCCAAGUCCUCGGUGCCCCGUAUUCUCUCCUCUCCGUCACACUCUCCGCAUCGCAGAACCUAUAUACACGGCGCGGAACUCUAGUUGGACUAAGUGGAAAAGCAGACAAUGUCGUUUCGACUUUACGUCUCUUAGAACCAGGUCGCCGGGCUUUACUCAGGAUCCCGUUCCUAUAUCAAAAGAUUUCCUCCACGAGCCCAAUCACUGCUUUGGUAUCAACACGCUCCGCCUGUACCACGUUCUCAGUGGUUGAAUUGAAUGGUUCUGUCGAUUGGAUGAUCACACAGGAGAAAGCCUUGCUGGCUUGGACAGGCCACACUUUGAGAAUUAUACCGAAACUCGCUAAGCAACUAAGUUUGUCACACUGGGGUAAUUCGGAGGUAACAGGUCGCGGAUUGCUAGCUCUCGUUGGCACCGGCCAGUUCUAUUCGGUCGAAUUGAAGGCAGGGGAACAAUACAUCUCUCAUCCAAGUAAUGUUGUCGCAUAUACUAUCACCGCUGCCUCGCCACGUCCCUACCGGUUUAAAUCCACCAUUCUACCGUUCCAGAUCCCCAGCAUUGGGUUAGGACAGCGUUUGUCAGAUUCAAAUUUCAUAAAGAAUAUGUCUGAUACGGACACAUGGAAGGCCUCAUUGAAGCUAUGGCACACAAUUCGGACAUGGACCUGGAGAACCAUUUUGGGCGACCGAUUAUUCUUACAAUUUGACGGACCGGCUACGAUUCUGGUACAAUCUCGCGCUUCAAGAAUUGCCGACGCCUUGACUACUCAGCAAGUUAACGAGAUCGCCGAUGCUCCGCCAGGUGUUACUCAAGAGGCUGUGCGCAAAGCAGCAGCGAAAUCGGGUGAAGCGGAGGCCGCUCCGAAGGCCAAGGAUGAUUUGAUAUCCAAGACUGCGGUAUCUGGUCAGAGCUUUGCAAGCGUCAUGCGUGACGGAAAAGUCGAAUUCCACCAAACUGGAGAUAGCCAGCGAAAAUAAAAUGCUCGCUACUAUAUUCUGUUAUUGUUAUUCAUCUGGGCCGUGUACAUAUAUAUAUGUUUUUUAUCUUCGGACGCCGAGUUCCUUACAUAUCACUUGCUUUUUACUUAUGUCAAUGUAUUUCACACGCCACUCUCUGUGAUCAUGGCGCUCAUAACAAGAAACAUUUAUGGAUAACAUUGCUAAGUAUGCAACUUCUGGGAGUCCUUAAGCAACC